GCUUCCAGCCAUGCUGCUGCUGCUAUCUUGUUCCACCAGCCAUGACGACCACCCCCCACAAGACUGUGCUGCCUGAGGGCAUCCGCGUGGGCAACGUGAUGAGAAUUCGAGGCGUUGUCCCUGACCAGGCUGGCAGGUUCCAUGUAAACCUGCUGUGCAGUGAGGAGCAGGGGGCAGAUGCCGCCCUGCACUUUAACCCAAGGCUGGACACAUCCGAAGUAGUCUUCAACACCAAGGAGCAAGGCAAAUGGGGCCGGGAGGAGCGGGGCGCUGGCAUCCCCUUCCAGCGCGGGCAGCCAUUCGAAGUGCUUAUCAUUGUGACGGAGGACAGCUUCAAGACGGUGGUCGGGGACCAGGAGUACCUCCUCUUCCGCCAUCGGAUGCCGCCGGCACGCGUGCACCUGGUGGAGGUGGGCGGUGACGUGCAGCUGCAUUCGUUGAAGGUCUUCUGAGCUGGACCCCGGGCGUGGGGAGGAGGAAUGAGAUGGGGGGUGGGGCGUGGAUGGCAAAUAAAGUA